GAGUGUGUGUGCGCCUAAGUCGAUCUUGUAGAGCAGCAGCCAUGGCUGGUUCAACGCCGGGGCUGGUGGGGAGGCUGCGGCAUUUGUGUUACCGGUAUCAGGACUACGUGAAGCGGCAUCCAGCGGCCACUGCUCAGCUGGAGAGCACCGUGCGCGGCCUCUCUUACUUGCUGCCAGGUCGAUUUUCUGAUUCUCAUGAGCUGUCUGAACUUGUAUAUUCUGCCUCCGGUCUGCUGGUCCUACUCAAUGACUGGAUUCUUCGAAAGGAGCUGCAGCAAUCCCUCCCAGUGCCACUUUCCCAGCAGAAAUUGCUAACAUGGCUGAGUGUUCUCGAAUGCCUGGAGGUCUUUGCCGAGAUGGGAACUGCCAAGGUGUGGGGUGAGAAUGGCCGGUGGGCCACUAUUGUCCUCAUCCAAUUAACCAAAGCCAUUUUGCGCCUCCUGCUCUUGCUGUGGUACAAAGCUGGUAUCCAAACCUCUCCUCCCAUUGUACCAUUGGACAGGAGACAAUCACUGUAUCAGAAAGCUCUGGAAGCCAGCUUAGUAGGAAAAGAACAGAUCUUUGUGGGGAAGCGCUGUAGUCGUGUAGUGCGGUCUCUCGAAAGUACCCCUUCCCUGCACUCUAGACAUUGGGGUGAGCCUCAGCAACGUGAGGAAAAGCAGAACCAAAGAGCAAUGGAGAGCAGCCAACUAUCAACACCUUUGGGCAACCAGGAGACACUUGCUGAAUCCAUCUUUGUUACCCGUCCAUUGUUGCACUUAUUGGGUUUAGCAGUGUGGGGACAAAAGUCUUGGAAACCCUGGCUUCUGUCAGGCAUCUUGGAUGUUGCAAGCUUGAGUUUACUGAGUGAAAAGAAAGAUCUCAACAAACGUGAACGAAUGGAGCUGAAACGCCGGACUGUCCUGCUACUAUAUUAUCUACUAAGAUCCCCGUUUUAUGACAGAUACUCUGAGGGCAGGAUCCUCUUUCUUCUGCGCUUGUUGGCGGAUUAUGUUCCUGGCGUUGGCCUAGUGACUCGACCUUUGAUGGAUUACUUGCCAGCCUGGCAGAAAAUUUAUUUCUAUAAUUGGGGCUGAUCUGGCUUCAGCUUGAACUACUAUACAACCCAGAGAAGAUUCGAGCUGAAAGCUUGUGCUGACAGAGUGACUUUAUAUGGAGGAAAACAAUCAUGAGACUUGGGGGAAGAGAAGGGGCAGCAGCACAUCUCUCUAUGACUUGUAUUAAUGGUUUUAGGGAGAAGAAUAAGGCUUCUUCUGACUGUUUUUUUUUUUUUUUUAAAAAAUGCCUUCCUGUAAGUGCUACAAAGACGGCUUAAAAUGUGUAUGCUGUUUCUUUCCUCUUUGGUAAUAACUGGUUUCAAAGCAUGGGGACUUGGGUUGGGAGGGAUGCAGAACUCUUUUUGUAAGCAUUUUGUACAUUAAUGUGGAUUAAUAAAGCCAGGGGACUGCGGUGCCUUUGGGCUA